AUUAUCUUAAGACAGGGUGGCAGGCACUGACAGAAGCACUGAAGGAGAGCUGUUUUGGGGUUUUGGCUUUGCUCAUGGUAAAGAUGAAGGGAUCUCUUUAAAUCAGCUGGCCGGUGCCAUCAACCUGAAACACAGCAGGGGGAGAGAGCGAUAUCUGCCACAGACAAGGAGGGAGGGGGACUCGGCACACACACACACACAGGUGACCAUGGAUGCCUUCAGCUCCAAGGAUAUGGCCAUGAGGGUGCAGAAGAAGAUCCUCAGCAGCAUGGCCAACAAAACCUCUGUCCAAAUGUUCAUUGAUGACGCCACCAGUGACAUCCUGGAUGAACUGUAUCGUGUCUCCAAAGAGUACUCUGGAAAUAAAAGCGAGGCUCAGAAAGUCAUCAAAAACCUGAUCAAGAUUGUGGUGAAGAUAGGCGUGCUGUUCAGAAACAACCGUUUCAGCACAGAAGAGCUGAGAGUGGCCCAAGAAUUUAAGAAAAAACUGCACCAGGGGUCCAUGACGGCAAUCAGCUUCUAUCAGGUGGACUUUACCUUCGACAAGACAGUGAUGGAAGAACUCCUGACCAGCUGCAGGGACCUGCUGCUGACACUAGUCAAUACCCACCUCACCCCUAAAUCCCACAGUCGCAUCAACCAUGUCUUCAACCAUUACUCUGACCCCGAUCUCCUGACCAAACUGUAUGACCCCAGUGGCCCUUUCCGUCCAAACCUCAUCAAGAUUUGCAAAGGACUCACCAAACUGUUAGAGGAUGGGACAAUAUGACAUAGAAACAACAUGGCAGACAGACACUGGGAGCUCUACAAGCUGACUCAAAGACCCUAAAGUGGACAAAACUUGUCUUACUGCUGCUGUGGACUGGCAACGUUAAGACGAGAGAUUUAAGAACAAACCUGCUGUUCUCAAAGAACAUGGGAUAAAAUUUAAGUUGGUUGAGUCAUUCCUCAAAUUUUUUUUGUUUAUAGGCGAUAUAUACUGUGGUAUAUAUCCCCUACUUGUCUUUUCAGACAAAUUUCACAAAAACCAAACUUGAAUAUAAACAUGUUUAUACUAUAUCAGUUGUUUUAUUAGAUUAUGAAAUGUCAUCCAAUGUUUUAGUCGCAACUAUGAAAUAUUUCAUUCACAACUACUGAUGGCUUGUAUUUUGAAGAGCACGACUUCCAUAAAGAAAACAGUGAGGGAACAUAACACAGCGCUGCCAUCUGGUGGUCCAGAUGAUGCUACAGUGACUGUGACUGUGUUUACUACGGCAUUGCUGAAGACAAUACAGCCAAUAAUAAAGCAUGUAACUCCCACCAUUA